UACACCAGUCUGUUAGGAGGUACAGCAUGGGAGUUCAUCUGUACAAAGCCUUAUGGUUGUGUCUGUGUGUAGUGUUCGGAGGGUUUAUCCAUAUACCAUGCAUAUAUUCUCAAAAUGUUGAACAUGAAGUAAAGAUAGGUGUAAUUACGGAAUGCGUGAACAUAUCACAUGGAUUUACUGAACGAACAGAAACUUUUAACGUAAAGAACGUGACCAUGAUCUUCAACAUACUUUGGAUUAAUAUUACUACGUCAGAAAUCUAUGACGUCACUCAAACCAUUGAGCGUUCCCGAAACAGUGUAGACAUUUUCCUGGUAUUCAAGAUCCCUUUACCAACCUCCCAGGCCAUUGGUGUUCUGCAGGAGCUAGGUAUCCCGUAUAUACGGAUGUGUGUCAUCAUGACAACAGGUGGUCCUCAAGCAAUAUGUCUACCAAAAUACGGCAGCAAUCUUAACUUCCGCAAGAAUAUCUUAUACUCUGAUGACGCGAAAGAAAACACUGACCAGACACUGACUGGAUGCCGUGACAGUACGUGUGACGUCCAAUCAAAUUCCUGUCAACCGGAUAAAGACAUGGCGAUGAAUUGUAACGGAAGUGACGUAUAUCCAAUCGACAAUGAUUCAAAUAUACACUUGUCACGCAUUGUGACAUCUUUAAUGGCAACUGAGAAGUGGAAAAACGUCCUAAUAUUUUAUGAAUCUGUGUUUGAGAAAAACAUGAGAUUUUUAUUUGACGACAUGUCAAAAUAUGACUUCAUCGCAAGGAGUACACAUAUAAUCGAUCGGACAGCGGAGAAGGAAUUCUUGGAUAUAUUCGAAAAAUCUACUGCCGUUGGGGAACAGAAAUCAUUACAAAUAGCUGUGCUGUGCAAAGACAAAUGUUUGAAAGUUUUGGAAGCGAUCAAGACGUACGAUGAACAGAAGAAAGCACUCAAAGCAGUUUAUUAUUUCGCUGAGUUGUUGCUGGUAUCCACAGGCUCAUCAGAGAAAUUUCAUGAUGCACUUAACGAUUCCACAUUUCAUAACAUAGCUAUUGUCUCACUUCCCUCAUGGGUGUCAGGUGAAGACGAAAUGGAGAGGAACUGUUCAAAUGAAUAUUCUUCAAUGAUGCAUCUCAUCCACUCAGCAGCGAAAAUGACACUUAUUAAGAAUUAUAGUGGGCAGACUACAUUCUCAAACAUGUUUCUGGAGCAGAUGGAAAAGUACCAGACAUCGUUAUCGUUGCUAUGGUUCCCAGUGGAUACGUUGAUGUGGAAUAGGGACGGUCGAUUUUUACACCGUGUUGGACUAAUCCACCUUAGUGGAGGACACAGUUUGUCAGAAUCACUGUUUCCCAACAAAGAGUUCGGAUUUAAUGGCCGCCAGCUACUGGUGUCAACACUUGCGUAUUAUCCGUUUGUUGAGCAUCUCGGAAACAACUCAUAUGAUGGAUUAUGUUUCGAUAUACUACGACAGCUUGCCAAGGAUAUGAAUUUCACUUAUAGAUUAACCACGUCUCCAGACUUAGAGUGGGGGGUGACGGACGAAAGAGGACUUUGGUCAGGACUUAUAGGGCAACUACAACGGAACGAGGUUGAUCUUGCUGCAUCACCACUAACCGUUCUGAGUUUGAGAGAGAUAGUGAUGGAUUUCACUCAUCCAUUCUUUUAUGACGCUACUGUCCUCCUGAUGACGAAAGAAGAUCCAAAUACUAAAAAAUGGCGGACUUACAUAGAUCCGUUUCACUGGAUUCUUCUUGCUUGUAUUGGCGGAUGUUUAGUUGUAGUGUCUCUCUUCGCAUGCCUAUUGGACAGGAUCAGCCCCUAUCGCGUGAAGGUGGGCCUGCAACCAUGGUCGUAUUUGGACGUUCUUUGGUACAUGUAUGGCGCCCUAAUUGGACGAGGUGGGGGCAGAUUGCGAGGGACACAAGUGGCACGAAUCCUUGUUGGUAGCUGGUGGAUUUUCUGUGUCGUUCUCAUCGCCACAUACACUGGAAACCUCGUGGCAUUUUUGACCGUAACUAAGGAUUUCCUGCCAUUCCAAGGCGUGGAGGGAAUGGUCCAGCAGGACGUGUACUCGUGGGGUGUUAUCGGGGGCACGUCAUGGGUCACCAUGUUCCAGAUGUCGUCACUUCCGGUAUUUAAAGCAGUCUAUACAGGGAUGGUUCGCUUCAAUAGAACAGAUCCAGACGUUUUAAGCAUGGACCAGGAUGUGCAUAUUGACAAGGUUCUGCGUGGGAACUAUGUACAUAUUGGGGAUAGAAGUCAGAUUCAAGUGAAGAUGGCCAACGAGUGUUCUCUUUAUACUGGAUCCGCGGAAAUAUUACCCGUUCAGUACAGUUUUGGGCUACCGAAUGGAUCUCCAUUAACUGAACUCUUCAGUCAUAAAAUAAUGGCGAUGCACGAGAACGGUUUGAUCUCCUGCUGGAAGCGAAGACGUUGGCCAAAGAGAGAUUUUUGCCCUGAGAGUUUACAAACGUAUACCAAAGUUAUCUCCCUUGCCGAUAUACAAAGUGCAUUUUAUCUGUUAGGGGUAGGAUUGGUGCUUGCGUUUCUUAGCGUUUUGUUUGAAGUAACAUUAUCUGUGGUGAAGGUUUACAGGGAAAAACAUGAAAAUACCAACACUGUGAGGUGAAAAUUCUAUUUUAGAGUCGCUAUGAUGUAACAAAGGAUUGCAGUCGGGAAAUGAUACUUGUAAAUCAAUGUAUUAUAACACUAAAUGAUGACGUUCUAUCAUGAAUAAUGUCAGGAUUUCAGUGAUUCUAAGUGUCUAAGUGUGCAUAGUGAUUAUGUAAUAAAACAAUUAUAUCAUGGGUGUCUGUGCAAUAGUCCAGAAUAUUUGACCCUCGGUACUGGUAAUUGACCGAUGUUCUAUUGCACUUUACCUUCGGCCUUGACUUGACCUUCGGCCUUGACUCGACCUUCGGCCUUGCCUUGACCUUCGGCCUCGUGGAAUAUAUAUCGUAGCAGUUCAAGGAACUUCAAUACUGACUACAGAAAGUACGAGGAAAUGGGAAAAGGCAUGUUUUAUAAAGAAGUAAUUAAACGUGUUUUAUUGGAGCCAGCCAAUAGAAACAAGAGGUUAUGAUAAUUAGCGAAAUUACUGAAUUAGAGAUGUCUCUUCCGGAAGUCUUAACAAUCAGAAUUGAAUUCAAUAAAAAUAAACUCGUUCUUACACAAGGUUUAAGUCCAAUACAUUCCAUCAUAGUCUGGUCUGACACUCAAAUAUAAGCCAACUUCAACAUCAUGCGAGUUGCUUUGUUUUAGAGGUUUAACAUCCAUGUAACAACAAGACUCAUAAUUGUGAAGACGGUUGUCAAGGAAUCACCAAUAAAUGAAAACAAACCCCAGAAAGAGCAAAUAAAAGGAGGGAUUUUAAGUCAGGCAUCAUA